AUGUCUAUGUCCACUGAAGAUUGUCAGAACCCUCGCGAAGGGUUUCCUCGCCCGUUUCCUAACACCCCUUCUAAUGUCUUGGAACAACUUCGUGUGACCGGAAAGGUCAUUGUGGUUACCGGGGCUGCGGAUGGAAUUGGGUUGGCUGUGUCUGAGGCUAUGGCUGAGGCUGGAGGCAAUGUCGCUUUGUGGUACAACUCAAAUGAGGCUGCCAUUCAGAGAGCACAGGGAUUAUCAGACGUGCACAAAGUCAAAACCGCGGCUUAUAAAGUUGAUGUUUCAAACCCAGACCAGGUUCAAGAGACCAUUGCCAAGGUCUUGCAAGACUUUGGUAAGAUUGAUGUUUUUAUCGCUAAUGCCGGCUGGAAAGGUAUGGCAAUUUCAAAGCCAAUUCUGGAACAGACUCUGGAUGAAUACAGGAAACAGAUGUCUGUAAAUGUUGAUGGCAUCGUUUACUGCUCCAAAUACGUUGGCGAAGUGUUUAAGCGCCAGGGUUUUGGCAACCUCAUCAUCACAUCAAGUAUGAGUGGGCACAUCGUCAAUGUUCCCGUUGACCAGCCUGUCUAUAAUGCCACAAAAGCGUAUGUAACGCAUUUCGGAAAAUCCCUUGCCCGUGAGUGGCGAGAGUUUGCACGUGUGAACAUUGUGUCUCCUGGCUUCUUUGACACAAAGAUGGGCGCUGGCCCUCUCGCUCUACAAGAAGCGUAUCGUAUGGCAGCACUUGGACGACAGGGCCAUACAAAGGAAAUCAAGGGUCUUUAUCUGUAUCUUGCUAGCGAUGCAUCUACCUAUAUGACAGGAAGCGACCUACUCAUUGAUGGUGGUUAUGUCUUGCCAUAA